GCCCACUCCGUUGCUGAAGUUGGAUUUUCUGGUACACUCGUGCAGGCGCGCCGGGUGGUUGGUUGGAUGGUGGUGAUAUUUACAGCGGUUGUAAACAAGGUGCCCACGGGGUUGCGUGCAAUGGGAACACGAACAGUUUAAAGGAUCUACUCUACUCUACAUCUAUAGAGCUUCUUUGCCAUUCGUGACCAUGUGUCAGAGGACUGUGAGAAAAGCUGUGGUCGGCGAGCCGUCUUAUUAAAUAUCCGAAAAUGUCGGAGCGACUUCUGCCAGCAGUUGCUAAAGUGGUCAUUUGUGGUGCUGGUGUGAUAGGCAACUCAAUUGCUUACAACCUUGUGAAACGUGGAUGGACAGACAUUGUUGUUCUUGAAAAAGGCCGUAUUGGGUGUGGCGCAACAUGGCGCAGUAGUGGCUUGGUUGGCCAACUCCAGCCAACAAUUGAGGGAAUCCUUGCACGCUCCAGUGCCAAGCUUUAUCAAGAGCUACACGAUGCGGGACACGACAUUGGAUGGAGAAGAUGUGGCUCACUUAGUGUCGCAAGGACAGAAAAGCGGAUGACAUCACUUCUCAGGCUUGCUGCUGAAGCACGGGCAAGGGGGAUUGAAUGCACAGUCCAGCAGCCAUCCACACUUUUGGAGCACCACCCUUAUCUUUUGACGAAAGACCUUGUGGGAGGGGUUUUUGUUCCUGGAGAUGGUAUAGUUGAUCCUGUGGCUCUAUGCCAGACGAUGGCUGACUUAGCCCAGCAAGGAGGAGCAACAUACAUUGAGGACUGCCAUGUGAAUAGAGUUGUCAGCGACCAGGGGAUUGUGGUGCAAGCUGAAACAGAACUGGGAAGCAUCAGCUGCGAGUAUUUCAUCCUUGCUGGUGGCAUGUGGUCGAGAGAGCUUGGACAAACAAGUCAGCCUAAAUUUAUGGUUCCAAUUCAUGCUGCCAAGCAUUCAUUUGCAAUCACUAAAGCUCUGGACCAGCCAAGUGAUUGCCUUCCAGUUGUGUGGGACCAUGAUGGUCGUGUCUACUGUAGAACCUUUGGUGAUGGCUUCCUGCUUGGUGGAUUUGAGGAGACUGCUAAGCCAGUCUUCCAUUAUGAUGUCCCUGACCGUUUUGAAUUCGUGCGCCUACCACCAGACUAUGCUCAAUUUCAAAGCAUCUACAGCCAGUUCCAGCACCGGUUUCCAAGACUUCAGCACUUGGAGCUUGCUGAGUUGGUUACUGCCCCAGAGACCUUUACACCGGACAAUCAGUGUAUUUUAGGGGAAACUUCAGAGGUGGAACGUCUCUUUCUUGCUGUUGGUACCAACGGCGCGCAGACGCAGAUGGCUGGCGGAAUUGGCCGUGCAUUGGCCCUUUGGCUGUGUGAUGGGGCGCCUCGUGCAUACCUCUUGCCUUGCGACUGUCGUCGCUUCCUGGACCUGCACAACAAUGCAAAGUUUCUUCGUGAACGUGUCCAAGAGGCAGUUGGAAGAACAUACUUGGCACCUCACCCACUUCAAGCUGAAUUUCGAACAGGACGUCGCCUUCGUUGUUCACCACUGCUGCCACUUCAGGAACAGCAGGGUGCUGUACUUGGUGAAAGAAUGGGCUUUGAACGAGCAUUGUUUUUUGAUCCUCAGCACAUUCUUGGGGAGAACCACACCAGCCCAGAGCCCACGUAUGGGAAGCCCGCAUGGUUGGAGCAUGUGCAUCGAGAGUAUGUGGCUUGCCGAGAGAGAGUGGGCCUAAGUGACAUGUCAUCAUUUACCAAAUUCUACCUUGAGUCUGGUGGACUGGAGGUCGUGGACUUUCUACAGCUUCUCUGCUCAAAUGAUGUGGAUGUUCCAGUGGGGCACAUUGUGCAAACAGGCAUGCAGAAUGAUCACGGUGGCUACGAAAAUGAUUGCAUCCUUGUGCGCAUGGACAUAAAUCGUUAUUUCAUGGUUUCACCUACAGCACAGCAAACCCGCAUUGCCAAAUGGGUACGGCGGCAUCUGCCACGGGAUGGUUCAGUGUCGCUGCGAGAUGUUACAUCUCUUUACACAGUGUUGUACAUUCUGGGGCCUAAAUCUAGGGCCCUCUUAGAAGAAGUCACUGACCAAGAAAUCCAAGUGGAGCCAUUUACGUGCCAAGAAAUGGAUUUUGCAUAUUCUACGAAUGUGUUACUCUUGGGUUAUAACAAUACCUUAGAACCUGGAUACUCAAUGUAUAUUCCCUCAGAGUAUGCUCAGAAUGUCUACAGCAGAUUAAAAAAGGCUGGUCGUGACUAUGGAAUAUUGGAUGUCGGUUAUUACGCAUUGAGGAUGUUGAGGAUUGAAAAAUUUAUUCCAUUUUGGGCUGAAGAACUCGACAGCAGUGUCACGCCCUUGGAGGCUAACCGGAGUGCCCGUGUUAAACUUCAGAAAGAGCCGCCAUUUAUUGGCCAAGAAGCAUUACAGCAGCAGGCAGUGGAGGGCCUACGUCGGCAACUAGCCUUCUUCCAAUUGACUGGCCAUGAUGCUGAACGAGACCCUUGGGCUUGGGGCCAGGAGCCCAUAUUUCGAGAUGGCCGCUUCAUGGGGCUCACCACAUCUGGAAGCUAUGCUUUCGCCUUGGGGCGUAAUGUCUGCCAAGGUUUUGUUCAUUGGUUCAACCCAAGCAGCAAGCAGCUUGAACUGUUGCCAGACAACCUCUUCUCCGAAGGGAGUUUUGAGGUGGAGCUUGCUGGUCGCAGGUUUCCAGUUCAAGCAUCUGUCACACCACCUGAGCUCUCUGUUGCACCAAUGGGUGGCAUACGUGACCAGUACAAACCUCAAGCCAGAACUCUGCCUUGACAUGUUGGAAAAAGUGUUAACAAAAAAUGGCCACAUGCCUGGGAUUUUGUUAGUGGUUUGACUGUACAUUGGAAGCAUAUCUUCUGCUUAACAGUGACGAGAUGUUGUAGUUCUCCAUGCUUUCAUGUUCGUUGCAUUAGGAGUCUUUCAUGAAAUCAGCAUGAUGUUUUCUUCCUUACGUGUUCCCGUUGCUAUGUUGCCAUCGUCCUGUCAAGUUACAUGUGCACCAAGGGAAGAAAGUUUAUUAGUGACAGUGUUGUUUUUACUACCAGUGUUUUCAUGCUGUCAAAACUUUCAUGGCAAAGCGACAUAUCAUCAUCAUCAGCCUGUCUACGCCCACUGCAGGGCAAAGGCCUCUCCCAUGUUCCGCCAAUCAACCCGGUCCUGUGCUUUCUGCUGCCAUGUAAUACCUGCAAACUUCUUAAUCUCAUCUACCCACCUAAUUUUCUGUCUCCCCCUCACGCGUUUGCCAUCUCUUGGAAUCCAGUCAGUUACCCUUAAUGACCAAGAGACAUAUACAUGUCACCAAAAUUAGACACCAAGCAAGGUUUUAUGUUAGUUUUGUACAUGCUGUUGUAGAAAAAACUGAGAUUUGCCAAAACCAGGAGCAAUAGAAAAGAAAACUAUUUAAUUCAGAUUUAUUGUAAACGCUUGACAGUAAACUUUCCUUCAUAAGUGAGCUCCUAUUAUUCACUCUAUUCUUUCAUAAGCAAACGUCUAGAACUUGUCCCAUGGGUGUUUGAAUAGGUAGAACUUCAGGUUAAAAUGUUGCAUAAGUCUGACGAGUGUUUGAAUGGCUAGAAUUUUUAAAUAAAGUGAAUACAAAUAUUUUAGCAAAAUGGCAUAUGCAAAUGGCAAAUGGUAAAAUAACAUCAGAUAUUCCCAAUGUCUAAAUAAAAGGUAAAUGAAAAGCUUUAUGGAGUCUUUCUCCAUGUAGACAGCAAGAAGUGAUGUCCCUUACACUAGUGUUUAAGCGAAACAAAUAUUCAAUAACUUCAAAUAGUGAAUUCCCGAAUCAGAUAUCGAUCAAAUAGCUUACUGUUCAAUUCAUGUUUGCAUAGCUUCUUAGGAUCGCUGGCAAUCCAUAGAGUUCAUAAUGUGCUGCUGCAUACCGAAGGCCACGAUAUUGGGACAAUGGUACUGUUUUAUGCCAUUGCCUUACUAGCCGAUCAGAUUUUUUUUGUUUUGUCAGACUCUUCAGCAGAUAUUAGUGUGUUUUGGCUUGUUUUUGUUAAGCAAAUAGUUACGGUUGCCAGUCAUGAUGGUUAACACACCAAUUACCUAUUAGUGCCUCCUCCUUUUUCUUUUCACUUUUUGAGCAAAAACAUGGGCCAGUGAAGUGCCACAACAUUGGAAAUAGCAUCUCAGCCUGUGCAGCGAUGAUUUCACAGUGCUUUUACAAAAUUCACAAGUAUGCACAUAAGAACUGAACCUUGAAAAAGCCAACUUUAAUGGUGACUGUUUGUUGAACAGGAGGAGGCAGCACAACUUGAGCAGACAACCAUCGCAAAACUAAAAACGCAAUAAUGAAGUGCUCCAUUGAGCUGUUUGAGAAAAUUAACAUUCACAAUUAUUAUUUAGCGAAGUGGCAACGUUACAGUAUGAUGUGGCUGGGAGCAUUCUUGCCCUUUCCAAAAGCAGUGAAUCACCUCAAAUCUUGCCAAUAGCCAUUGAGUUUCAUCUCCUGUCUCAUGAAAAACAAAAGUUGAUUGAGGUUUCAAAGUAGUCUUGAGCAAGUUUGUAUGCUCCGUCGUGCACAUACAUUAAAUAUCCAGCUUGGGCAUUUACAUCAUUGUAAAUGCCCAUUGUAAAUCAUUGGGCAGGUUUAUCUACCAUGUUCAAUAAGUAUUGCAGGGCCUCUUUAGCUACGUAACUCUGCAACUUUAAUGACAUUGAAGUAUGCUGUCAUUGUACAGCUCCACUGCAAGCUUAACAGCCCCACCUAUAAAAUUAUAAAGUGAUAAUCUAAUCUAUGUACACUACAAUGGGCCCGUCAAAUAAGAUUUAUUGAACAGUGGUACACCUACUAUCAAACCUGAACAGCAUCCAGGCAUAUCUUGGAGGACUUAAAUAUGCAUUAUAGUGUGAACUGUAAUUGGAGCCUAACUUAACUUUCUAGUCAUUUAAACUAAUUUAUUAUCUGUAGAACUUUUUAUGUUGCAUUUUGCUCCCCAAUUACAUUUUCAUUUCUAUAUUUGUGACCUGUGUAUUGGAUUCAUUUCAUACUAGGCAUUGUUGCUGUCAUUACUAUGUACAUGAGGUCACAAAGCUUUUUGCUUGUGCUUAUUUAGUGAAGUGUAUAGUGAAGUUUGUUUAGACUGUUUUGUAAACAUAAUCUCAAGUGAUAUCAAUGCAGCUGAGUGUCAAAAAUCCUGCCACACCUGGGUGAAUGACAUGUACAAGUUCUUUUAACCAUUUAUAAACCAUUCGGUAUAAGUAUAGGUGUGCACCGGGUCCCCCAUCAGGGGAGGGGGAGGGGGCAAAGUUUCAUCUGAGCGCCCCCCCCCCUCCUCAGUCAGGUAGAACAGACAACAUGCUUAACAAUGCAUGAAAAAAUGAAAAUGAAACCAUGACAUGCUUCUCAAAUCGGCCUGCUUUGGUCCCUGGUUUCUUGGGAGUAAAGAUGGGAAGUAAACAGUUCUUGGAACGCUACAUCAGGGGACCUUGGAUGCCAUUUUUCUCAGAAACCUGCGUGGCCAUAACUCUGUUUUUUAAACAAUGAUGGGACAGGUCCGACUGAGUAAUGGUAUGAGGGCAGACUUUGCGUUAGGUGAUUAGGUGAUUACGCCUUAGGUGAUUACGGGGGCAGUCGCACCCCCCCUGCCCCCCGUGUGCACGCCUAUGGAUAUAAAGUGGCAUGCAAUUUUUUAUUUUCUUUGUUUUAACAAAGAAGAUAACUUUUAAGGGCUCAUUUUUCUUUGUUAGACACAAUAUUAAUGAGAACUAACAGACAAUAAUGCCAAGGAAAGUAUAGGGGGUGUAUUUGUAGCAAUUAGGAUAUAAAUGUGAAGAAAGUAAAGUGGACGAAUUCGUCCACUUUACUUUCUUCACAUUUAUAUCCUAAUUGCUACAAAUAACACCCCCUAUAUUUUCCUUGGCAUUAUUGUCUGUUAGUUCUCAUUAAUAUUGUUUUAACAAAAAGGCACUCUCCUCAAACUCACUUUGCGUUGUUUCACAGAGUCUUAACAUGACGAGCGACUUUUUAAUUUAGUGCCACAAAGGUAUUUAUAUCAGGGUUAUGUUACAAGAAAAAAAAAAACAUUAUUUUUGUGCAAAAACGCUUAAUUAUGGCGGCCUUAAGCAGUUCUAUACACUAACUUCUUUCUUAUGAGCAACAGAUACAGUUGACUCUCGAUAAUACAAACUUUGAUAAUUCAAACUUUCGGUUAAUUCAAAGAAAUCUUUAAUUUUUGGUUUGCCUGCCGUGUUUUCAAUGUAUUUUAAAGCCACUUAAUUCAAAUUGCCCUACUGAAAAAUUCGAUUAAUUCAAACAUUUUGCUUAUCCAUGCCUAGAAAUAUCUGCUGCCAUUGUUGCUUGUAGCUGAACUUUCGUGUUUUUAUGUCACUAACAGUCGCGAGUUAAGCCGACCAAACCGUGCACACCAACAAUCGCAUGCGGACUGAAAGGAGGGGAGGGGGACAAAUAAAACGAGACAGUCUGGCCUUGGCUGUCGCGUGCUGAACGCUUCUUAAAGUCGCUUUCACAGUAUUACAUGAUUCUCAUGCGGGAAAGCGUCCUAAGAAUAGGAAGGGGCUACUGUCACGGGACAUAACACAUUUCGUCCCUUAAUUACACACGCAUGCACGCGUUGUAGAAUAAUGAGUACCAGUAUGCUCGCCUGCGUCUAAAAACUUUACUGGUACUCAUGCAGAGCUGUCUAUGACGUUGCUGCACUGAGGAACAAUAAACAUCACAACACUAGUUGUUAUGUUGCCCUGUCAUAUUUAUGAGAACUUCUGAUAAUUCAAACAAAAUCCUGAGGUCCCCUUGAGUUUGAAUUAUUGAGAUUGUACUGUGUUGUGUUUUAAACAAUGUGGUAAGAAGAUAGCUCUACAGUUCAGCAAUUUUGUUUAACCAUUUGGGUGAAUCUACAAGGCAGCUUAUGGUGACAUUAAAUUGACCAGAUGGCAAUGUUUUAAAAUAAUUUCAUCAUGUUAGGCUUAUAGAAAAAAACCCACUAAAGUAUACAAACUCUGUAUAAAAUGUGCCAUGCAACCAAGACAUCCCCAUCUGCCUUUGUUAACCUUUCAUUUGUAUGCCGGUGUGCUUAGAGAUCUGUUUCAUAUGCCCCCCCCCCCCUCCCCAAUGAUGAAGUAAAAAAAAGCUAUGAACUUGAGCAUGGUAGUGAACAAAUAUCUUACAAAGUGACAAGAACAUUUUGGCUUCAAUGUGCUGAGGGCAAUAAUCUGUGAUGUGAUCAUAGGGAUAACCACACAUUCAUUCAUCAUACUUUGGCUAAAUAUUUUUUUGCACACUUUUGGCGUACUUUGUAGACUCCUUUUAAUCAUGUGCUGAGCAUGAAACCAUUCGCUACACAGUAUCGCAAUAUUUUACAAACGUAUUGUUACAAACAUAAAGAUGUGAUGAAUGGAGAGUGGACAGGCUAAAGUGAUGAAAAGUGGAACUUAAUGUCUAGUGUAAUAAUGUAAUAUUUAAGCCCUUGUUGGUUGCAGUGUUUUAAUAAUUUGUGUAGGUCACCUCUGCAUUUGUGCAUUCCCUGUUCUUUGUGGCAUCAUGCUUGUGGCAGUUUGUUUCUGGAUACAGCUCCUGCUUUCCCUGCUGUCAUUUUUGGAGAAUAAAGUAAACUUUUAUAAA